UCAUUUUUCAGUUUUUUGAUAGUUGUCACUUUAGUUGUCAUUGUUAACAUGUAAAUCGCAUAUGCUAUUUUGUGAUAAUGGUUCUAAGAUAAAUUUACGAAGAAAUCGAUUUUAUAGUAUAACUUUAACCAUUUUCAAUCAACUAGUAACAUAAUGUCCGGUUUUGAUGAGAACCCCUUUGGAGAGCCAACAAUUGACAACCCCUUUGCGGAUCCUGCCGUUCAACAAGUUACGCGAAAUACAAAUUCACAGAUCCGAGUUGAAGAUUAUAAUCCUUUCGAUAAUACUAACAAUCAAAGAACGGGCUACAGUAAUAAUCAACCGGCAAUAAUGCAGCCGACACAGGAUAACCCGCCAGUCUACGCUCGUAGUGGUCAGCAGACAAUGCCGCCAGGAAAGCCAGUUCUUAAUACUGCCGAGUUACAACGAAGACAAGAAGAACUGGAGAGGAAAGAGGAGGAGUUGGCGCGUAGAGAAGAGGAGAUGCGUCAAACCACAUAUAAUGUAAGGCGAAAUAAUUGGCCUCCGUUACCUGAACAGUGCUGUUUUCAACCCUGCUUCUAUCAAGAUAUUCAAGUAGACAUACCGCUUGAGUUUCAAAAAAUUGUGCGACAUUUAUAUUACUUAUGGAUUUUUCACGGUAUGGUUCUACUUGUAAACGUGCUAGGCGGAAUCAUUAUUGUAGAUUUUGCCAUUAUUGGUUUGGGUAUUCUUUAUGUGAUUUUAUUUACGCCAUUCUCAUAUUUAUGUUGGUUUCGUCCAGCUUAUAAAGCUUUUCGAGCCGAUUCUUCAUUUAAUUUUAUGGUAUUUUUCUUUAUUUUCUUUUUUCAAUUUGUCAUUACCAUUAUACAAGCUAUUGGAAUUCCUAGUUCAGGAACUAUCGGGAUUAUCACAGUUCUAACGCUGUUUAAAGCGGCCGAAUCAGCUGGUCAGGUUGUUGUUGCCGUAAUUGAAUUACUAAUAGCGAUCGGUUUCGCAUGUGCAGCUGCAGCCGAUUUGUUUUUGAUUUCCAAGAUUCAUCGUAUGUAUCGAAGUACAGGGGCUAGUUUUGCAAAAGCGCAAGCUGAGUUUACGACUGAGUUUCUUAGAAACCAGCAUGUGAGAGGUGCUGCGUCUAAUGUAGCUGCCGCAGCUGUCCAGUCACAAUUAAAUACAAAUACUACUAAUAAUAGAUAUUAAAAUUGUACUGUUGCAUUAUGUAAUGAGGUUAUGUAUGAUACACCAAGUAAAAUUUUUUGCGUUUACUUACACGACUACGGUUUCACCUUGGUGUUCAUUAACAGUUAUAUUUACAUAUCCAUCCUUUUAUUUAAUAUUGAAAAUAUAUUUGUGUUAUAGUGUAUGUAAAUUGAUUAUUAAACUAAUUACCAAGA